ACGUAUUAUUUAGGUCUAUCGGCUACAUGGUACCUUUAUUAUUACUUGUAAUAAUUAUUAUUUGUUUCCAGCAGUUGUUACAGUUACCUCGACUAGUCGUCGGUCGUCGUUGUUCGCUAUUAAUUAUCUCGUUAGUCGUUUGAAGUCUUAAUUGUAUUCCCCACGUUUGAUUUUGCUUAGUGAUAGUUAUUAAUUAUGCGUUAUUAAAUAUUUGUAUUGUAUUUUCCAUUUCGCAUUCUCAGAAGUGUCAAAUAACUACAACAAUAAUUAUGACGACUAAAAUUUUUUACUGUGCUUUAUCUUUUGUUUUUCUUACAAUCUCCACAGUGUCUCCUCACGAAGAAAAUUUUUAUAAAAUCUCCAUACAAGAUAAGACUUUUCUAAAUACUGAUGUAAUUACACUUCCAAAUGUACGACUAAAAAGAUUUGCUGAAUCUCUUGUAACUAAUACUAGUACUACUUCUCAACAAAAACAUAUUUCUAUUCAAGCAGUCAUAGACAAAAACAAUGGAACAAAACAAACAAAACAAGAAACAAAUACACCAAACACUUCACCUAUUAUGAAAGACACUGAUAAGGUUCUUGGAAAAAAUUUGACUACAGUGACUCAUGAACCUCCAGUUCAGGCGAGUUCUGGAAAUAUAAGUUAUAUAGGAACAUCCACGCCUAUAGCUCUGCCAGUUGAUUUAGAAUUUCCGUCUGCAAUUACCAAUGAAACACUUAAAAAUCAUAAUAUAACCAAAUCAAAAAAUGAUUCUCAUAUAUACUACAAUAGUACAACAAUUAACAAUGUCAAGGUAUUUAAUGAUUAUUGGGUUGAUUUGGAGAACCAUCCUAAUGCAAAUAUACAUGAUAUGUUAUCAGAUUCUCAUCGCAGAGCUGCAACCAUCAACUUGAAGUUUCAAUUUCCUUUUUAUGGACAUUUAUUAAACUCAACUACAAUUGCAACUGGAGGUUUUUUAUAUUUAGGAGAAUACAUUCAUUCAUGGUUAGCAGCCACUCAAUACAUUGCACCUCUAAUGGCCAAUUUUGAUUUAAGUUCAUCAAACUAUUCAAACAUUUAUUACAUGGAAAAUGGUACUGCAUUAACAGUUACUUGGCAUAAUGUUACUUUACAAGAUAAACCUGAUGUUGGAGGAUUCACUUUUCAAACAACUUUACAUUCAAAUGGAAAUAUUGUAUUUGCAUACAAGGAUGUACCAUCUAAAAUMAAAGAAAUUGAUUCAACUAAUCACCCAGUAAAAAUUGGAUUAUCUGAUGCAUAUGUAUUAGAUAAAACAAUAUUUUUUGUGAGAAGAAAAACUAUUUAUGAGUAUCAUAGAGUAACAUUCCACGAGGAUGAAGUAACAAAUGGAACUGUUAUAAUUUUAACUGCAUUGCCAACAUGUCUCGAAAAGAAAAAUUGUUCUAGUUGUAUUAAAAAAGACACAAACUUUCAAUGUUUUUGGUGCGACAACCGAUGUUCAUCCGGAGUUGAUCGCAACCGUCAAGACUGGCAUCAGAAAGAUUGUGAGAAAUUGAAGCUUGUUAAUGAAGAUAUGUGCACAUCUGGAGCAACAACUGUUACUCCUAUUGUUGACAAUUMUAGUGUUGAAACAUCUGUUAAAACUGAAUCUCAUACAAAUUCUUCAUCUUCUAGUACAAGUUUAUUCUUCAUUGCAUUGUGUGUUUCAUUAACUUUAAUGUCAUUAGUCUGGGUGUUCUAUGCUUAUUUAAAUCCUCAUACACGAUCUGGACAAAUGCUAAUAAGAUAUCGACCAAAUCAGUGGGGUUGGAGAAAAGGAGAAGCUCGUUAUACAGCUGCUACUAUUCAUAUGUAAAGUGAAAUAAGUACGASAUCAACCAAAAAUUGACGACAGAAAGGCCCGGCUCUAACAGUUAAAUACACCUAAGCAAACUUAAGUUUUACUGCCCUUUACUUGUAAAUACUACAUCAAAUAUUUUUUAAUUCACCCGUGGCCUAUGUCGCCUACUCCUUAAGUCGGGCUUGUUUUUAUAAAACACAAGUAAAAAAUAUUGAAAUAGUGAUAUUCUUUGUAUUAUGUUUAAAUUAAGUUUAUUGUUUUUUUCUACUGUUGAUCUUAUGAAAUGAUGAAAUUUGUAACAUUCUUCUUAAAUUAAUUUUUUU